AAAAUACAUCACGUGCAGUCACAUGACUAUGCUAUUAGUUACAUCAUAAUCAUCAAAAGCGACCGCCUACUCUCAACUCACCACACAUCACGUCCGCCAGGCGGAGAAGAUCGUUACCACGCCGCAGAGAGGCCGACAGUAGUGCCCGAAGACGCAGAGACAUUUCUAUUUCAUUUCCACGGUUCACCAGUCGAGAUAGCAACCGCCGGCUGCCUUGUGCCCACGGGUGUGUGUGAAUUUACUUCUUCUCGUUUCCCGCCUUUUUUUCUACUCACGAGAGAGCAUGUCGGAGGGACAUCUGAGCGAAGACAUACCAGAGUGCCCACUCUGCUUGGAGCCUUUUGCACUGGACGACAUAAACUUCUAUCCGUGCGCUUGUCGUUACCAGAUAUGUCGGUUCUGCUGGCAUCGGAUCAGGACAGAUGAGAAUGGUCUCUGUCCUCACUGCAGAGAGGUACAUAGUGUCUGGGUUGACUCACUGAUCAUUACUAACUCUUUUGUCUCCAUCUUCACCUAUUUCCACCUCUCCCUCUUCUU